GGUCAAUAAAUCUUACUACGAAGAUUGCGCUGCACGUUUCAGGAAGGUUAUCUGUCUUGUUUUGCGUAAUGAAGAUGAUAUAAAACAUAUUCUUAUCACAUUGAAGUAAAGGUGAAGUGACAUCGCACAAAACCGCAAUGAGCGUCCCUUGUGUACUGUUCAGGGUUGCUCGAAGCUUCACAUUGCUGGGGGCAUCCGGCGGUCUGUUACGCCGGUCGAGUGUACUGUGCCGGACUGCGAUCACAAGGCAUUUCUGUUGUAUUUUCAGGAAAAUUACAUCUAAAAUGGACCAUCUAGAGAGGACAGCCAGCAACUACAGACAGAGUGGAGUAUAUUCGGCACGGGUAUGUGGAAUUAUGGAAGAGUCGGAGACGGUGAAACGCUUGCGGCUAGCCGUCCAUGCAGACUUCACAUUUAGAGCUGGACAGUGGGUGGAUUUCUUCAUCCCGGGGGUUGAGAAGGCAGGGGGUUUCUCCAUCUGUUCCAGUCCAGGUCUGCUGCAGAGGGAGGGAGUUAUAGAGCUUGCUGUGAAAUACACCCAACACCCCCCCGCACACUGGAUACACACCAGGUGCGUUGUGGACUCCCUUGUAGAGAUGCGCGUAGGUGGUGACUUCUUCUAUGAUCCGCUGCCCUCUGACCCCUCUGUUGAUCUGUUGUUGGUGGCGGGGGGCGUGGGGAUUAAUCCCCUGUAUUCCAUCCUGACCCACGCCGCCGACCUGCUACGACAGAACCCUCAUAACACAGAGGGUGGCUACAACAUAGGCUCCACCCACCUCUGCUACAGCGCCAAGAACACACAGGAACUGCUCUUCAAGAAAAACAUUAUAGACAUAUGUCAGGAAUUCCCAGAUAAAUUCUCGUGUGACUUUCACGUCACGGCACAGACCACAGAAUUCGAUCCGCAACUUCAACCAUAUGUAAACCGUGGGAGGGUCUCAAAGGAGAAGCUGCGUGGACAUGUGGAUCCAGACACCACUCUUUGCUACCUGUGUGGACCUCCACCUAUGAUUGAGAGCUUGGUCCAGACCUUGUUGGACUCUGGCCUGUCCCAGGACCGGAUACUGUUUGAGAAGUGGUGGUAGUGUUCCCAGACGGACCCCUGACUUAUCAGACACCCGGACCGUGCCGGGCCUUGUGUUCUUGAAAAAGCCCCAGUGGACAUCACAUAGAUGCCCGGUCCACAAGACCAUGGCAACACAUCCCACUAAUGGACCAUAUCUUGUCACGCAUCGUUUAAUUUAAUUUAUUCGAAGCCCACCUGAAAAUGUUUGAUUGAACAUCCAUUUUCUCCUAGUACUUACUUGAACCUUUUGAGCAACGUGGAUACAACUUGAACGCACAACUUUGCUUUGUUAUAUCUACCUGAAUAUUUAACUCCCACCUGGCAGGUGUUCAUCGUGUCCAGUGAACAGUACAACUGGAGUGGGUUCAGGGCCGUUGAUUGAGCCUGAUUGAUUUUGGAUGCGUUUACAGUAUGUCAUUUAUAUUUAGGUUACCUGAGAGUAGCUUACCAGUCUGUUCUCACCUCAACAGUGACAGUUAGAAACUUAACCCUUGAUCUCUCAUGCCUAGUUUUUUAAUUAUUCUGAAAAUAUUUAUAAAUAAAUAUUUUUAUUUCUUACUUGAAUCAUGGUUCUCCUCCAGCGCACAUGGUUCUCCUCCAGCACACUUCAGCAAGCCCUUUCUUGUUGAUCGGGCAGUGUGAUUGGAAGCAGAACAGCAGCUGUUGAGUUGUGAAUCUGUGGACCUGACCAACAUGAGUUUUGACGUUGUCCAGGUGAUUGUCUGCAUUCUCUCAAGCUGCGUGUGAUGCAUUAAACACGGGUUACCACCAGCAAGUUCACCAGGUUAGGACUUUUUUUUAAAUACGAUUUUUGUGAUCUGAUCAGAAUGUGGACAAGAACGGCAAACAAGAGAACACAACAGUGUGUGUGUUUAUGGAAACAACACUACCUAAACACAAACACCUCCCACACAUCCAUGCAAGUGUCCUUUAUCUAAUCUUUCUCUUCCGCUCACUUACACAUCAUUAUAUUGUCCAAUUUUCACACACUCGUACACUCCCCUGCAGGCCUCAAAUCCCACGCUUCCAUACACAAAUGAGUUUACACACGGGGGCAGAGGGAAUCUCCCAUGGAGCACUGUAAUUGAACCCCCAGGGGGUAUCUGAUUGGUCCAUAUCAUGAUACGUCCCGCCGAGUUUCUUGUGUUUCUCGGUGGAGGUCACCAUGAACUAAGCCAUCUUUCAGGGUUGUUUUUUGUGUGUGUGUGCAUUUACAGACUUUGGCAUCAUUUGGAUGCUAGUUGAAAUAACCGAAAAUAGUGAAUACAUUUUGUUUUAAGGAC